AUGGAAUUGUUCUUUGGGCGAGCACAAAACAUCCUCCUUCGACCUGUUUUCUAUCGCGCAAUCUGUCAAACCAAAAGUGCAUCGCCGACUGCAUUCCGGCGCUGCACCGGCAGUAGAACGUCAUCGACAAUCAAAACAAGAAUCCGCGCACAACAACCAGGACGGCCUCAAGUGCAAUCAUCAUCCGCCUCAUCCUGCAGCAGGUGCUUUCAUUCAUCAUCCCUCCCAUCGCACCGCCAUCCCCUCCGUAGCCUGCUUCGUACGCCUUCGCUAGCGACCGUAUCCAAGAUAGGUACCAGGAUGAGCUCAUCGCCCGAGGGUCAAGACAUGAUGGAGGUCUUGGCCGGCAACAGCAACCAGCUGGCCGACGAUAUCUGCGCGGCCGGUAGCAACGCCGGCAAGCGCCAGAAGCUCGUCAUGGACUACCUGAAAGCGACGGAUCGUGAGGGUAGAAGCGUGUCGGCCGAGUUCCCGGACGGUCUCGAUUGGUUCAACGUGACCGAACCGCUCACACUGCAGGGUUCCCUGCGCGGUAAGGUGGUCGUGCUGGAUUUCUUCACCUACUGCUGCAUCAACUGUAUGCACAUUCUGCCGAACUUGAAACGCCUGGAGCAUCUGUACCCGAUCGAACAGGGACUGGCCGUGAUCGGUGUGCACAGUGCCAAGUUCCGGAACGAGAAAGACUCGAACAACAUCCGGGCGGCCGUCGAGCGGUACGAAAUUACGCAUCCCGUCGUCAACGACAACGUAAUGGCGAUGUGGCGCAAACUGCGCGUCCAGUGCUGGCCUACCCUGAUGAUUCUCGGGCCACGAGCGAAUCCUCUGUUCGUGAUUUUGGGCGAAGGCAACUAUGAUGAUCUGAAGCUGUACGUCGGGUCCGCCAUUCGGUACUAUCGGGAGAAGGGUGAACUGCGGACACACUCGCUACCGAUCGAUCUGUCCCACACGGCCGGACUGGCCUCGCACCUGAAGUUUCCGGGAAAGGUGGUUUGCUGUGAAGGAGGGGAGGAGGAACUGUACGCGGUCUCGGACUCGGGCAACCACCGCAUUCUGAUCUUCGAACCGAGCGGCACCGUACGCUACACGAUCGGCGGGAAGUCGAGUGGAUUCGUCGACGGUGGGUUCCGUGAGGCACGUUUUAAUGCACCGCAAGGAGUGGCCUUCCGCGGUGGAGAUGAGUUGUAUGUGGCCGACAACGAAAACCAUGCCAUACGCCGUAUCGAUCUAAGGACGCGCACCGUAUCCACCGUGGCCGGUAACGGGGUACAGGGUAAUGAUCGUACCGGUGGCAAAACAGGACGAGAGCAGGCCCUCUCCUCACCCUGGGAUGUGGCCGUCUAUACGACGCGCGAUCUGGACAUGUCGUUCCACGUGGACGAAUCGAAGGCACCGCUCAAGGAUGUGCUGCUGAUUGCGAUAGCCGGUAUUCACCAGAUCUGGGCCAUCUUUCUCGAAGACACCAUUUGGUGGAAGUUCAAAAAGUACACGGCCGGUAGCUGCUGUGCGAUUGCGGGCAGUGGCCACGAGCAGAACCGUAACACAUCUUACCCGCACAGUGCCGCCUUUGCGCAACCAUCGGGACUGGCCAUCAAUCGGGAGGUGAAGGAAAUGUACCUUGCAGAUAGCGAGAGUUCGGCAAUCCGCAAGAUUUCACUCACCGACGGCAAGGUGAUGGCCGUAGCCGGAGGAGAUCGUAAUCCAUUGGAUCUAUUUGCAUUUGGCGAUGUGGACGGUAAAGGAUACGAGGCCAAGUUUCAGCAUCCGCUCGGAGUCGCCUACAACGCGAAGGAUGGACAUAUUUACGUAGCCGAUACGUACAAUCACAAAAUUAAGAAGAUCGACGCUAGCACAAACUGUGCCACAACGUGCGAGUUCCGGGAGGCUAACGGUGAAAUCAAACGCUUCAGCGAACCGGCUGGCCUCUGUUUGGACCGUACCGGGCAGCUACUGUUCAUCGCUGAUACGAACAACCAUGAGCUGCUGGUGGCCAGCUUGCCCGAUGGUACCAUCCGUCCGCUGAAGCUUCAUUUCCCGGUCCCCGAGGAGAUGGAUAGCGGCAGUGCCGACGAUCGUGCUACGGUGUUACGAUCGAAGCAUCCCAUUAAACUGCGUUUGGGUAGCGGAAAGGCGGUUCCCAAGCUUCGGUUGUUGUUCAAUUUCACGUUCCCGGGAAAGGGCACGAAGCUUACGGAGGAAGCACCGCAACGCUGGUCACUGACGCUACCGUCAACGGAUUGGAGCUGUGAGCGGACGAAUGGAUCGCUCGAUGGUGCGCAAUCACUUACGCUUCCGAUUGCGGCACCGCAAGGGCGUGAGCUGACCGCGAACGGCAAUCCAGUAACGAUCGCAAUCGGUUUUAACCUAAAUCUGUGCGAGGGUGACAUUUGUUUCCCCAAGCAGUUCACCGUCCGGCUAGAUGUACGACAAGAUGAGGAGGACGAAGACGACGACGAUGAUGCAUCGAAGGCAAACAACGAAUUGGAGCAGCAUUACGAGGUGCAGCUUUCGCGUGCCACGGUCACUCUCAAGCACAACUAGGAGCAAAGGCAAAGCAAUAGCGCUGCUGCUGCUGGCAAAAAUACAACUCCCUUUGUUUUUCUCUUUUUUUCUGUUUUUUGUUAAACAACCUAUCCCGCAUUUUUAUCACCCCAACCUCUGUUACGUUAGACGUGCGCAAUCGUUACGAUCGCGUGUUCAGGGUUUAAAGUUACAAAAAGAAACCGUAACUUCUGUCGACUUGAUAAGAGAUAGAGAGAGAGAGAGAGGAGAAAGGGAUAGGAAUGCAACCGCGCCAUUACGUAGCCGCUGAUUAACGCCUCUUUCUAUCGUGUUGAAAGAGUCAGCAUAAAUGCAAUCUGAAUAAAAACCUCAAUCUGCAAUCGAG